CAGAAAGUGGAACAUAUGCGAGCCUUUCCAUCGUCAAUACGCAAGCAGACAAAGCUCCUCAUUCAACUCAGACUGCAUCUUCACGCUCACGGUUGGCAUCUGAGAGGAGAAUCCUCCUCCCCCGCUCCAUCCUCUUCUGCUUCGAAUUCUCUGCGUUGGAUUCACGAAGCCGGCAAGAUGUCGCAGCCGGAUAACAGGGUCGAGACGGUAGAAGACCUGGAGAGGAAGAAGAAGAAGGAAGAGAAGGCAAGGGAGAAGGAACUCAAGAAGCAGAAGGCUGCGGAGAAAGCAGCGAGGGCCAAGCUUAUGGCACAACAAGAUGGAAACACCUCGAAAAAGAGCACCAAGAAGAAUAUAAAGAGAAAUGCGGGUGAAGAUAACCCGGAGGACUACAUUGAUCCUGAGACUCCUUCCGGUGAGAAGAAAAGACUCUCUAUGCAGAUGGCAAAACAGUACAACCCAAGUGCCGUGGAGAAAUCGUGGUAUGCAUGGUGGGAAAAGUCGGAAUUCUUUGUUGCAGAUGCCGACAGCUCCAAGCCGCCAUUUACGAUUGUUCUUCCCCCUCCAAAUGUUACAGGGGCGUUGCACAUUGGUCACGCACUUACCACUGCAAUAGAGGAUACUAUUAUCAGAUGGAAGAGAAUGUCUGGAUAUAACGCACUUUGGGUCCCUGGGAUGGACCAUGCUGGAAUAGCAACACAGGUUGUAGUGGAAAAGAAGCUCAUGCGCGAAAGACAUCUGACAAGGCAUGAUAUUGGUCGUGAGGAAUUUGUAGCUGCGGUAUGGAACUGGAAGGAGGAGUAUGGUGGCACUAUAUUAAAACAGCUACGCCGUUUGGGUGCAUCACUUGACUGGUCCCGUGAGUGUUUUACAAUGGAUGAGAAGAGAUCAAGGGCUGUUACAGAAGCAUUUAUUCGAUUACACAAAGAAGGACUUAUCUAUAGAGAUAUCCGCCUUGUGAACUGGGACUGCAUUUUGAGAACAGCAAUAUCUGAUAUUGAGGUAGAUUACGUGGACAUAAAACAAAGAACUCUUCUACCAGUACCUGAAUAUGACCAUCCAGUGGAGUUUGGUGUUCUAACAUCCUUUGCAUAUCCUCUGGAAGGAGACCUGGGAGAGAUAGUUGUUGCAACCACAAGGGUGGAGACCAUGCUAGGUGAUACUGCUAUUGCGAUACAUCCUGACGAUGAAAGGUACGCUCACUUGCAUGGCAGAUACGCUGUCCACCCAUUCAAUGGAAGAAGACUUCCUAUUGUUUGCGAUGCAAUUCUCGUUGAUCCAAGUUUUGGCACGGGAGCCGUUAAGAUCACUCCAGCACAUGAUCCAAAUGAUUUUGAGGUCGGAAAGCGUCACAAUCUAGAGUUUAUUAAUAUUUUCACCGAUGAUGGUAAAAUUAAUGGCAAUGGUGGCCCAGAGUUUGUCGGCAUGCCGCGUUUUAAGGCUCGUCAGGCUGUGACUGAGGCACUGAAGACAAAGGAUCUCUAUCGAGGUGCUAAAGACAAUGAGAUGCGACUUGGCCUUUGUUCAAGGACCAAAGAUGUCAUUGAGCCACUGAUAAAGCCUCAAUGGUGGGUUAAUUGCAAUACCAUGGCGAAGGCAGCUCUAGACGCAGUUAUGGAUGAGAACAACAGGAAGAUUGAAAUAAUCCCCAAACAGUAUGCAGCGGAAUGGAAAAGAUGGCUUGAUAAUAUAAGGGACUGGUGCAUCUCAAGGCAGCUUUGGUGGGGCCACCGUGUUCCUGCAUGGUAUGUAACUCUAGAAGAUGAUGAACUGAAAGAGCUUGGUGUAUACAAUGACCAUUGGGUGGUUGCUAGAAAUGAGCAAGAGGCUCAUGCAGAGGCCGCAACGAAAUUUGCUGGAAGGAAUUUUCAAUUGCACCAAGAUCCUGAUGUGCUUGAUACCUGGUUUUCAUCUGGUCUUUUCCCAUUAUCCGUUUUGGGUUGGCCUGAUGAUACGGAAGAUCUGAAGACUUUCUAUCCCACUUCUGUCCUCGAGACUGGACAUGACAUCCUUUUCUUUUGGGUUGCUCGGAUGGUGAUGUUGGGAAUGACGCUGGGAGGUGACGUGCCUUUUAGGAAGGUUUAUCUUCACCCAAUGAUCCGCGAUGCACAUGGGCGUAAGAUGUCAAAGUCUUUGGGCAAUGUCAUAGAUCCAUUAGAAGUGAUCAACGGAAUAACCCUUGAAGGCCUUCACAAGAGGCUGGAGGAGGGUAACUUGGAUCAAAGGGAAUUGUCGAUCGCAAGAGUGGGACAAGCUAGGGACUUCCCUAAUGGUAUCGCUGAAUGUGGCGCCGAUGCUCUUCGAUUCGCCCUUGUUUCCUACACGGCUCAGUCCGACAAAAUAAAUCUGGAUAUCUUAAGAGUGGUGGGUUAUCGUCAAUGGUGCAACAAAUUGUGGAAUGCCGUUCGGUUCGCUAUGAGCAAGCUCGGAGAUGACUACAUCCCUCCUGAAACCCUAGCUCCGGAGAGCAUGCCUUUCAGCUGCAAGUGGAUAUUGUCUGUGCUAAACAAGGCCGUGUCAAAGACAGUAUCAUCACUGAGCACAUACGAGUUCUCCGAUGCGACCACAGCCGUUUACUCAUGGUGGCAGUAUCAGUUUUGUGAUGUUUUUAUCGAAGCAAUCAAGCCUUACUUUGUGAGGGAGGAUGCCUUUGCCUCUGAAAGGACUGCUGCACAAUAUGUUUUGUGGGUGUGUUUGGAGAAUGGGCUAAGGUUGCUUCAUCCUUUCAUGCCAUUUGUUACUGAAGAAUUGUGGCAGCGCCUUCCUUCACCAGAAGGUGUGAAGAGAAAGGAGUCGAUUAUGAUGAGCGAUUAUCCGUCUCCUCUUGAGUGUUGGACCAAUGAAAGGGUGGAACAGGAGAUGGAUCUUGUGGAGUCUGCAGUAAAAGGCUUCAGGUCUCUUAGGUCAGCUGUGCUUACAAAGCAAAAGAAUGAGAGGCUGCCUGCAUAUGCAUACUGCCAAACUGAGGAAGUUUGCGAGAUUAUGAAUAACCGUAAAUUGGAGAUAGUAACCCUCGCUACUUUAUCAUCAUUGGAGGUUCUGUUGAGUGGGAGGGACGAUGCUCCCACUAAAUGUGCUUUCGAAAACGUAAACGAGAACCUCAAGGUCUAUCUCAAAGUUAAGGGCGACCUUGAUGCAGAAGCAGAGCGUGAGAAGAUCCAGAAUAAGAUGGAAGAAAAUCAAAAGCAGCAAGAUAAACUUAGGCAGGCUAUGAAUGUAACUGGGUACGGAGAGAAGGUACCAGUUCGGAUUCAAGAAGAGAACGCUAACAAACUUGCCAAGCUCAUUCAGGAAUUCGAGUUUUUCCAAAAGGAAAGCUCGCGAAUAGAGGCUGAGAUGGAAGAGCAGUAACUCAGAUACUUCCCCAUUGGAUCGAAAGCUAACUCUAUUUUCUCCCCCUCAUUCUAUUUGUAAUAUUUUGGAAUAUAAUACCUUCUCCGCGUUACUUGGGACUAUACUCUUUUGUCACAUAGUGCCCUUUCUUUUUCCAUACUGAAAAGUUGUCCUGUGUCUUCUCAUCAUAGUAAGAUUAUAUAUUUCGUAGUCUACCAGCGGGAA